AUGAAACUACAUAAUCUUUACAAAAUUCGUGGCUGCCUAAAUGAGUUUGCUGCUAAGGCCAUUGUUCAAGCUGUAGUUGUAUCAAGACUUGACUAUUGUAAUAGCCUUUUAUAUGGUGCCACUGCCAGAGAUAUCAACUGCUUACAAAAAUUCCAAAAUUCGGCAGCUAGGUUUGUUUCUGGCGCAUCUCGCUACGACCAUAUUACUCCCGUUCGAAAACGACUGCACUGGCUUCCUAUAAUGCAGCGUGUGGAGUAUAAGGUGGCUCUAAUUGUUUACAAGGCCCUGAAUAAUGCAGCCCCAUCUUACAUCAGUGAGCUCUUGUCCACCUAUGUACCAUGCCGACAACUGCGUACAGUUGACUUGGGACUCCUCCAAGUCCCUUAUACUGCUUCAUGCAUGGGGGAUAGGGCGUUUGCUGUUGCAGGUCCCAAGACUAUUCAAUAG